GUAACUUUCUUGGGACAUUACCUGGUCAGCGGACUAGUACCAUGUUCAUUUAACAACCAGCAGAACAUCUACUUUGCACGUGUGUAUUAAAAUGGCCACCGGUGGAAAAGAGCUGAGUCGAAUGUCAUGCGAAGAUUUUGGGGAAUUCAAGGAAGCAUUGAAGGUCCUAAGACUUGUUGAUGAUGCAAUCAUUUAUAAGUUGAACACAAGUAUUCCAACAGAUUCCUUUGUUGGUGAAAUCAAUGCUGAACAAAAAUGUCAAGAACUCUAUAACGAGUUGAUGUCAGGCUACAUGACAAGAGAUCAAGCCAUUAAGAAAUGUAUCACAGUAGUUUCUGAAAACACCAAACAACUCAGAGAGGAAACAGAAAAGAACCCUGAGAAUGGUCAAAUCAUGAGAAAUCUUAAAAAAGAACAAACAAAGCUUAGGUUAAUGCAAACUGAACUUAGUGUGGAAGAAGUUUUACAAAACCGGACCCUCAAGGCUUUCACUGGACGGUGCUGGAAGUAUUUCAAACCACAAUGACAUCUGCAACAUCCAGUUAGGAUUAAUUCAAGUCAUUUUAACUCAAAUGUUAUCCCAUGUAUGUAUUGAUUUGAUGGGUGUUUCUGAUACUCAGCAAGAUUGCAGUUUAGGUAGAGGGACCAAUUAGGUUUCUUGACUCUAUUGGACCACACAGACAGCAAAGCACCACAGUGGUCUAUCUUUUUUCUUCAUCAUUCUUCAACAAAUGGCAGGGCCAGCAUUUUUCUUUUUUUUAAUUUUCUUUUGUUUGAGGAGCAAUAUUUACCUUUUCUUAUUAGGGUUGAUUGUCAGUAGAAUUCUAAACCAGGAAGUGAGUUACUGCAUGAAAACUAUACCAUCCUUUUCAACAAACACCAUGGGAAUUUUGGGGAAACAAUAGCUGCUAAAAUAAUACGCUACUGAUGGGUCUCAAUAGAAACCUCUGUUUUUUGGUAAAUAUUAAAAAGACAGAUGUUAUUUUUGAUUGGUAAUGCUCUGUAUUUCUCACCAGAGUUAGCAUUGAGAGUAUCUUACUUGUAAUUGUUUCUAAGCCACUCUCCAUAGCUCUUUGAUAUGCACUGAUUGUUAUGACUGAUUCAAUUAAAAAUAAAUAUUUUGUACAGCACUACUUUCA